AUGAGCCCAGAUCAGCCCCAAAUGGGCCCAGAUCAGACUAGAAUUAACCAAGAUCAGACUAAAAUGAGCCCAGGUCAGACUACAAUGAGCCCAGUGAUUAUUAAUCUCUUCAUCGUGGCGCUCUCCUUCGCCUACUUCUCCAAAGCCCUGGCCGGGACCUACAUGAAGAGCUCCAUCACGCAGAUCGAGAGGCGCUUCGACCUGUCCAGCACACAA